CUGUGUCCCUCGGACACAGCGGAUCACCGAUCCACGGAAAGAGCCGAAGAUGUCGGCUCGGUCAUGUGAUCAGCUGUGUCCAAUCACAGCUGAUCACAUGUACACAGGGAAAUGCCGGUUAUCAGCAUUUCUCUCCACACAAGCUGUCACGCUGACAGCUCCAGUGCCACCUGUCAGUGUCUAUCAGUGCCCAUCCAUGCCACCUGCCAGUGCCACAUCAACGCCACAUUUCAGUGCCCAUCAGUGCCACAUCAAUGACACAUAUCAGUGCCCAUCUGAGCUGCCUUUCAGUGUCACCCAUCAGUGCCAGUCAGUGCCACCUAUCAGUGCUUCCAAUCAGUGCCACUAUCAGUGCUGCCCUAUAAGUGCCAGUCGGUGCCGCCUAUCAGUGUGCAUCAGUGCUGCCUAACAGUGCC